GGUAAACCCAGCCGCCGAUCACGCUCGAGUGAGACAGCGAAGCACAUCAAAAAAGCCGAGUUUGAUGACGAGAAAUAAUAUUGCUGAGCGAAAUUCUAUGGCCAGGAGCAACGUUCGCAGAUUAACUAGAAACCGAUUGACAAACUCGUCAUAUUCGCAUCAACGGCACCGGAAAAUCGACAAUACGUCCGCACCAAAAAGAAACAGAACUGGAAGCUCAACGAGAGCAAGCACGAAGGGCUCUGAGAGGAAGCAAUCUGGUGAUCGGGAGGUCGAGUAUCCUGAUUACUACAGUGAGAACAACGAUGAGCUGAUAAAAGAGCAAAAAACGAGGCAAGAUCAGACGGAUGAGAGCGGUAACGAGAGGAUUGUCAGACAAAUCUCGAACGGGUCCGUCCUCGGCGACGUCCCACUUGCCGAUCGCUCGCGCUUCAACUUGCGACAAUUCACGAACGGAGACUCCCGCGACAAAGAUCUAACCGACGACGUUGAAUCGUUGAAAUUCUGGGAGGGCGAUGAUCCUGCGACCGUUCGAUCGAGCAACGACAACGUCAUCGGUGAUGUAUCUACAUACUUGCCGGUACUCAUUGACCAGAAGAUCAAUCCUGGAAGUCUGUAUUACUUUCCUGACGUCCCUCAGGAGGACCCAAUGUUCGGUCAGCUUCAGGAAACCAUUGACCAGUCCGAGAAGAACGUGCUCGGUAACAGAGCAGAGUCUUCUAGCGAGAAUCCAAGCGAUCUGUACGCGGAUCUGACGCAGGUCCUCACUACCAGCGAUAACAGCGUCUUCAAUCCGCAAUUUCAAAUCGAGGGGCUUCCCGGCGAUUAUCAGAAUCGCGCGAGUAUACCUCACUUGUAUAUGAACCUGAGCGACAAACCUGGGAUAGCCAAACCUGAAGAAGUGGAGGUGCUUUAUCCCGUUGAACCUUAUGUCAAGAUCCCGACAAAUGCACCGCACUUUUUCCGCAAGGUUCCGGGUGCUUUGAAAGUGUAUGUCGCUAAUGGAAGAAAUGGUGGGCCUGUGAUUGCGCCAUCACCCGGAUAUGUUUAUCCUGUUGCACCCACGAGACAAGCUAUGCUCAAGGUCAACGAACACACCUCGGUAAUUCCUCAAUCGGCUCCCAAUCGACCGAUUGAACAUAUAUUGUUUCCUGAUCGAGAAAAGGGACAAAAUCGACAUGAGGGCGAUAUAGUUAGCGAUUAUAAUGAUCAGAUAAUGAUUGGGAGAGAUCAUAAAGCAGAGAAAGAGGAAGUUGGAAUUUUACAUAAAAAAUAUAAAAAUAAGAUGAACGAAGGAUCCGCGAGGGGCAAGGUAACGCACGACGAUCGUUCGUCCGCGACUGUAACGAAGACGACUACGACAGAAAGAGCGGAGAGCCAACGAGCAAAUGUCUCUGUUAUGUUGAAUGAAACCAAGGAAGUCGCCAACCAAAUACUUGAGAAGAUCAUGGACGAGUUGGAAGAAAUUAGAUCGGAUCGGCCAGAAAACGAUCAAAUAGAAGGUUUACCUUGCAAGAUCUCAGGAUCGUGGGUGACUACACAGGGUGGAGUGCGGAUUGACAUGAAGGUGACUAAUCACACCAUCAAUGCGACGCUGGCGAAGUUGUCACCGCCGGCUGCGCAUCAGGGUUUGCUGGAUCCGAGCUGGAAUCUCACCGGUCACGCGCCCUUCGCACCGGGUGCACCGUUCUCCUUGGUCGCCAUCGACAAUCGUACGAAAUCGCUGGCGUUGUUUGCAGGUGCGUGCAGAGUGUGUCAAGGUAUCGACACGAUAGCGGGUGUUUGGUCGAUCGCCCACAGUCCGCAGGAUUGCCGAGACUUUCAGAUCGCUACAAAUAUCUACAAUGACGUGUUUCGCCGAACCAAAUUGUCGUCAGCGAUAAACGCAAAGCAUCAGGAGAUCGUGCGAUUGUUACGCAAGGGCAAUCGCGAUAACGCGACGACAACCGCGACUUUAAUAGGCAGUACGGUAGUGCAACAAAAUAAUACGUUACAACAAAAUAAUACGUUACCGCAGAGCAAGGAAGAAAAAGGAAAGACUUAGAUGUCUCGAGGCGAACUUGAGGAGUUGGUAGACAGACAAUGAUGAUGAUGAUGAUGAUGAUGACGAGGAUGUUGAUUGAUAGACGGAUCGGAAAAUUUGGAAAUGGACAUCAACGCGUGGAUUGCUAGAAACAAAAAGAAAUGUCUUAUAUUG